AUGUCAGAAUGUGAUCAACAUCGUGCAAUUCAUAGUGGAACACGUUCAGCGAUUAUUUCAAUAGUAUUUGCUGAUGAUUCUGAUCUUUCUAAUGUGUCAGAACAUUCAAUAAAUAGUCGAAAAUCGGAUCAACAUAGUUCAUUACACUUGAUCACAUCGCAAACUGUAUUAUCAAAUGAAACUAAUCCAAUGAAUAAUAAUAAUAAUAAUUCUAUAAUAGAUGUUACGACGGUUAUUACCAAUAUUUGCACUACUACUGUGGUGUGA